AUGUCAACACCAUCCUUUCUCUCCCUUCCCGUGGAACUCCGUGAACUAAUCUACGGAUUUAUCUUCAGCAGCUACACCAUACGUCAUGGAUUCAAACAGCCUGGAGGCAGCCGAGAUGCUCCUUGGACCGAGGAUGCCAACUCCGACCCACUACCAUCAACCCGCACAGCCCUCCUCCUAACCUCACAACAAAUCUACACGGAAUCCUGGCGCCACCUGCCCCAAAACGUCACCCUCCAUUUCCGCGGCACAGAAGACCUCCUGCAUACCCUCUUCUCCCUCGACCAAUCCACCCUCACCCACCUCCGCCAUAUCAGACUGCGCGGUUACCCCUUUCCGCUAUACCCCUCGGGUCGCGCAGACUACUACCCCACCUACUACGCCGCCAACGCGCUUUCCCUAUUCCCGGGCCUCUGUCUCGACACCCUAACCGUAGAAGACUGUUGGCACGGCUUCGGCAUGGGCGAUGGCUGGCGCGAUCUCACCACCUACUUCGACAUCGAGGCCCUGCUCAAGAGCGACGGGUGGAGGGAAUUACUGUACAUCACGCCCUGUACAGACUUCAUCGCCAGCGGCUACGACGGGCGGCGGAAACGCAAAGUCCAGCCACAGACUUGGGAUGAUAUGCUCAAGGAACGGGAUGACGGUGAGGGUGGUGGCGGGGGCGCACAAGUGCAAAUGUGGAUCGUCCCUUUUAACCAGCAAGAUGGCGCCGUUCUAGCUGGCCCUCGUCCUCCUGCUGCUCUUACCCCUAUUUCCCCUCCCACCACUCUCACCACCAUUCCAACCGACCCCACCAAAACUGAAGACGGCAGAGCCAUGUACCCCUGGGCCGCGCGACCCGGCCACGAAAUCGCAGAGAACUGGCGCCUCGGCACCCCCGACCAAGAAGUCAAAGGCGAAGUCCGGAUUCGAGCGCGCCGCGCAAAACGCGCACGGGUUGUGCAAUUGGGAUUGGCACGGCGGGCGGCGAGUUGGGAGGAGUUGAAGGCGAGGAAGGGCGGGUUUGCUCCGCUUGACUGGUCACCCUACCACAACGACAUGGCCGACGCAGUGGGCUGGAUUUACGGCGGCUGGGGCCGCAGAAUGCAACUUGCCAAUGCGGCGCUGAGUAGCUGA